AUGCCUGACAAUAAUAUUAUCCCCCACACUUUCAACCAGUUCGACAUCUCUAACUUGGAUAUUACUCAUCUUGAUGAUUUACUCACAAGCCUACUGCAGGCGCCUUAUGAUCCAUUCACAGCCAUUGGUCCAAUAUAUGGUCUUGAGGAUCUCAACUUCAGCUUCAUGGACAACUCCUCUGAUUCAUUCAAUUAUCAAUAUUCCCCAUCCAUUACUCAUGAACCAACAGACCAUCUCUUACCUGCGUUCUCAGGUGAUAUGGCCAUGCCUGGUAACAUACCACUCUCUCAUGCUGGUUGUUUGCCACCUGCUACACCCCUCACAAGCACCUCCAGUGUCAACAUGACAGAUUCUAACACAAUUGACUGUCUUACUGGUGUAGAAGAGGAAGGUCCAUGUCAAACAACACACUGCCAUGUUCCAUCCACAUGCGAGCAUGUUCUUAAUGCCAUCAGUUCAUCAAGUGCAUGUGUGAACCCACCUACUAUCUCUAUUGAUAAAGAAAACAACAAGCAAUGGAAGGCUGGUGCCACUGGCACAGGCCAGCAGUCCAGGAAGAAACAGAAACACACUUGA